AUGAAGGCUACCAGCGUCUUGGCCCUGAUUAUCAGCCUCAGCAUCGUUGCAGAAUCCAAAGUCUACACUCGAUGUAAACUGGCAAAAAUAUUUGUGAAGGCUGGUCUGGACAACUACGGAGGAUUUAGCCUUGGAAACUGGAUCUGCAUGGCCUACUAUGAGAGCCACUACAACACCACAGUCCAGAAAGUGUUGGAGGAUGGGAGCACUGACUAUGGCAUAUUCCAGAUAAACAGCUUCACGUGGUGCAGAAAUGUAAGACUGCAACAAAAAAAUCACUGCCAUGUUGCCUGCUCAGCCUUGAUUACUGAUGACCUCACAGACGCCAUUCUCUGUGCUAAGAAAAUUGUGAAGGAGACGCAAGGGAUGAACUAUUGGCAGGGCUGGAAGAAACACUGCGAGGGCAAGGACAUGUCUGAGUGGCAGAAAGGAUGCGAGGUUUCCUGAUCUGGAGCAGGCGCAAGGAUGCCUGGCUGCUAUUUCCCAGAUUUGCAAUGCGUAUGGAUCCCUUUCCCUCACAGUAACCCUUCUCAGAGUUGACGAGGGAAUCCAAG